AUGGCUUCCGUAGCACCGGAUAAGAUCCUUGAAAUCAAACAAAUUAUCUCCAAUCAUCUCUCCCAAUCGGAUAUGAACAAUGCUAUUCGCGAUAUUCUUAAUGAUUAUGCACAACGACAUCCGAAUUCAGGACCCAUAAGUCGAGAUGCUCUGGUACGUGAAUUGAAGAACCGUGGUAUUGUCGAUUCUAUGAUGCAAAAUAUUCAAUUUGGCGCUCAGCAACCUUCACCAAGACAACGUCAAUCACUUUCACAACAGAAAUCAACUGUCAAUAUGGUCGAUACCGAUCAGUUAGUAUCUGUUCCAUUGGAGCAAGUCAAUUUCGAUUCAAAUCGACGUCACCUUUAUCUACAAUUUCUCAAUGGGAAGGCAUUUACUGAUUAUCUAAAUGAGCCACAAUCCGAAGGAUAUCCAGGCUAUUCAUCAUCAUCACUAGCUUCGUCGUUUAGUAUUUCCAUCUUAUUUCGUAAUCAACGCUUUCGCACGAGACCAUUUGCGUGUGCUGGCGAACCAUAUAUCAAUCAAGGAUUUUUACUUGAACUCCACAAAGAUAAACAGCAAGGCGAAUUCGGUGCUAUGGCCGACACUCAAACACUUCUCUCUAUUUGUGAUCGUGUUCACAUUGUUCUAACAAGAAAAGAUACACUAGGUGAAAUUCAUCUCGUCUCUUCACAUUUUCUCGAAUGGCGACAAGUUCUCUGUGCUCCAGUAAAUAAAACAAAUCGAACUCUAGAACUGAAUGGCAUUGGUGCAGAAAACAAAUUACCUGUCGGUUUGAUUAAUGUUUGUCUACAAUUAAUUCCACCUUUACAAGAAUCAGUAGCGGAUGAUAUUCUCGCAGCACAAUUAGAUCUGGAACAUACGAAAAGUACUGAACGUGAACGCUUAUUUCUAAUCUAUGCUAAACAAUGGUGGAAAGAAUUCUUGGAGAUCCGUGAAGAACACCGAACAAGACUCGUGAAAAUCUUCGGACAAGAUGAAAACGGUGUCAAUCAUCCUGUUGUAUCUUUCGUUCAACCAUUACGUUCUGGCCGUUUACUCGAUACUCCGCGAGAAGCAGCGCGAUUCACUAGUUUAAUUGGUUAUGAUCGUCACUCAGUUGUAGGAAAUACAGAUCGCACAGAAAUGUGGACACAUACACAUGCAUUUCUUGCACGAAAUUGCGGAGAUUGUGAAAAUCAUGCAGUGUUACUUUGUAGUUUAUUACUUGGUUUCGGUCUCGAUGCUUAUGUUUGUAUUGGUACCAAAGGUAAAAAUCAAAUUCAUUCAUGGGUUGUGACAAUUGGUGCAGAAGAUGUUUUCUUCUGGGAAAGUUUAAAUGGAAACAGAUAUCAACAUACAUCGAUCGAUCCUGAUAAUCCUCCACUAGAUAAAUUAUCAUUGAAUAAUAUUCAUCAUCCAUAUCGAACAAUUGGUUGCAUAUUUAACGAUCGAUCAUUCUAUGCAAACAUCCAACCAACCUGUAAUGUAGAUACAUGUGUAUUCCGCCUAACGGAUCAAUCGAAAUGGAAAGCAAUGUCUGCAGAUGCUAUCGCAUCAAUUAACACACCUGGUCUUGUUCUUACUGCACCAAUCAUGCCUCAUUUAAUGGCCAAUACACUUGAUCCAGUUGCUCUAUCGAAUGAUCUGGAAAAACAAAUGCGAGCACUGAUUAUUCAACAUAGAAAAGAUCUUGGCUAUACAACGCAAUUUGAUGAUCACUUGUCUUACUUAUUAAGUCCAGCACUAUCGUCGUAUGAAUUAGAGCGUGUCACAGGUUUAUCUGUUGGUAACGAAGAAUUUCAAGAGGCUGUUCGACGAGCUGUACCGAACGGUCAUGCAUUCAAAGGUUUUCCUAUUCAAUUUGUGCAUAAAAAUGCUCGUAAAGCAUUUGUGUUUAGUUUAAAAAAUAAUCUUUGUGAAGAAAUCGUCUGUUGUCAUGGCGAUCAAAUUCGUCUAGCUGUUCGUGUUCGCGUAUUCACCUAUCCGGAAAAUGCCAUUGCUACUUGGAUGAUGUUUGCCUGCCGUUAUAAAAGUGUUGGCUCGACAAAAUAG